AUGAAAAGAAUAACAGAAUGGUUUUGGAUGUUAGUCUUCUAUAGGAUAACUCUGCUCUGUUUAACUGAAACUGGGGCAAGGCAAACAGCUUUGGAUAUAACAAUGAGUAUGACCCGUAGAUACAAUACAUCUGUAGGCUGUGAAUCGAUAAAUUUAGGAUUGAUGAAUUGCCGAUUUUACAUCGAACAAACAUCGUCUGAAAUCCUCUCCAAUGGCAAAACAACAAUUUUACCUGAAUUGACCCGAUGUAUAAAUACUGAUAGUAAAAGAUGUUUAAUCUGCCUACAAAGUCAAUGGUUUGUUAAUUCUUGCUCUAACUUGUAUUCGUUACCGACACUAAAAUGUCCAGAGCUACCAAAACGGAUAUUUCUGAAUCCAGGAUCAUCGACGGCUAACAUUGUGUGGAAAAAAUCGACAGUUGAUGGGGAUUCAAGAUUAACAACCUACAACAAUAGUAUCAAGUCUGGUCAAAAUGUUACUUCUGGUUUUUAUUCCUUACUCUAUUCAGCAGCAAAUACUCAGGGCUUGACAUCUGUUUGUACAACAGAAUUUCUGGUUUCAGAUCUCAGCCCUCCUAAAAUCUCAUGUUUCCCUCCAAGCAAUCAUAUUAUUCCCGUUGAUCCUGUCAGUUUAACGGCUGUGGCAACUUGGGAUUUUCCUGAAGCUGUUGACCAAUCAGGGACCAUUAUUAAGCCAAAUAGUAUCCACCAAGUGAGCAGUAACUAUUAUAGUGGUGAUGUCAUUCCAAGAGGUUUACACUAUUUUCAAUAUGACGUCAUUGAUGUAAACGGUGCAUCCGAUUCUUGUUCGUUUACAAUCGACAUGAGGUUUGUCCAAUGUCGAGCUCUAAAGCCACCUGUCAAUGGAAAUAUAACGUGUAAUUCCACAGAUUUCAGACAGAAUACACAUUGUGUGUAUAGUUGUAGACCAGGAUAUAUUUUACAUGAUUUCCCGUUACUAACUUGUCUUGAUACAGAAAUAUAUGACUACCCUGAACCUUCAUGUCAAGUGCUGCAAUGUCCUAAACCAAGCCAAUUAUCGAGUGAUUCGUACGUUAGUUGUAGUAACAGUAAUAACAUCAAUAGUACCUGUGUGGUUUUAUGUAAACCUGGGUAUAAUCUCACUUCAUCAACCAAUACAGCAUCAUGCCUGCCUUCUGGUAACUGGAAUACAAGUUUUCCAUCUUGUACUGAUUCAGAGCCACCAGUGUUUCUCAGUUGUCCACAGAAAAACAUAUUCAAUCACUAUAACAGCCGAUUUGAAAAUUCCAUUCCUGCUAUUUGGUCUGUUAUCAUUGCAACUGAUAAUUCUGGUGAGGAGAUAACACCGGGAUUAACAGAAGGAAAGGAUUCAGGAGAACUGUUCUACCCUGGUGUCACUAAAAUCCAAUAUCGAGCUGUUGACAGUAAAGGCAAUGAGGCUUUCUGUCAGUUUUAUAUCAUAAUGUCGGUCUUGGCUUCUGGGUGUUCAGCUGGCACUAGAUUCAAUGAGAACGCUGAUACCUGUGUGAAAUGUGCUGUUGGGUUCUAUCAAGAUGCGGAGAAUGCACUGGAAUGUAAACCGUGUCCUGGAGGAUUCACCACGAAUUCUUUGGGGUGUUCAAAGAUUCAGGACUGCAAAUAUAAUGAAAGAUUGUUGUCCAGGGAAAAACGAGCAUCAACAUCAUGUGUAGAACCCGUAUUUAAUGAUCCUUCCAUUCUCUUAAAGUGUACCGGAUAUGAUAUGAAUGAUGUUUGUCAGCUAUCGUGUCUAUCAGGACGUCAACCAGUAGGUUCCAACAGGAUAGUUUGUGUUUUUGACCUGAAGAUUGGACGAUUUGUCUGGUUAUCAGGGUCAGGAGAACAACCUAGAUGUAGACCACGGGGAGAUCUGAUUGGGAUGCUGUGUACCAUCUGUAAACAAUUUACACCUGGUGCCAAUUGUUGCCCUGUGUACGAUUUGAAGCACACGGAUUGGAUGCCAAUGGACUUUUCAGAAAUAAAACCACAACCACCAUGUGAAGACUUUGUUCCAUCCUCUACGGGUAAAAGUCCUGUUUCAAUCAUUUCUGGUGUAAAAUCGUUUACUUUGACCUGCCCUGUUGAUAUGUCCUUACCGCGAAAUACCAUAACUGCUAAAUGUGACUUAAAGACUGGAGUGUGGGAUCCUGCACCAUGGUUACAAGAAUGUACAAAUAAAUAUUCACCUAUAAAGUAUCGACUUGAGGUGACCGCGAGUUAUUCAGGAAGAAGUUGCUCUUUACCUAGUGUUCGAGAACAACUCAGAUCGAAAUUUACCAGUCUUUUGCAUUCAGCCAAAGUGUGGAAAUAUCACUGUCCGAGUUCAAGACAGUGUUCUGCUGAUGAUGUCAUGCUGCUGUGCUCUUAUUAUCGUCGAAAAAGAAGGGAUAUAAGAAAACGAGCUAGCACCAUGUAUAAAACAGAUAUAAAAUGGCACUUCUCUAUUAGAAUGCAAGAAGACGAAAUGAAAGGAGAAAAAGUUCGACUGUUAAAAAAUGUUCUAUUUAACAUGUUUUUUGGUUUUGCUGAAGACACCUAUAGUGGAAAGUUUAACCAGAUAGUUGGCUUUUAUUUUGAUUAUGCCUCUCUUAAUAUGGGAGAGUUUACGUAUGUCUGUGAUACAGGUGGUAUUUAUGACAUCACCACCAAAGCCUGCUUGGUAUGUUCAUCUGGUAGCAUGUAUGAUGUUAAUACAGAUAGAUGUAUUGAAUGUACACAAGGUUAUUACCAAGACAGGGAUAAUUCUAGGACUUGUUUCCAGUGUCCACCACGUACCACAACACAGUAUACGGGAUCCAAAUAUCACACACAAUGUCAAAUUCAAUGUUCAGCUGGUUAUUUUUCUGCCAAUGGAUUUCUACCAUGUCUACCAUGUCCAAGUCGAGGUACCAGUUCCAGGGGCAGUACUAAAUGUCAGCAUAAGCGACCACUACCUCGAAUACAAGAUUUUUGUGCCAAUUCUUCCUGUGUGGCGAACAACCAUACCUGCCAAAGUGUAUUCGAUGGGUAUAGAUGUUUUUGUAAGCAUGGUUAUCUUGGUGAAGAAUGCAACAUUACUAUUAACCCUUGUACAUAUCUUCAAUGUGAGAAUGGUGGUGCCUGUGAAGCUAGUCCAGGAGGGAAAGCUGUAUGUAAAUGUCACGAUGGUUAUACUGGUGCUUUGUGUCAAACCAAAAUAGAGUGGAUUUUUAUAGUUAACAAUGAUGAUCUAACCAGUACAUGGACUGAAUGGGUGUCGUGGGGUGAUUGCAGAACUGACUCGCCAGGUUGUGGUCAGGGAACGCAAACCAGAGCUCGAAUUUGUAUCAAAGAUGUAAAAGGUACCUAUUGUCAUGGCGCAGACACGGAUUCAAGAGAAUGUAACAAGAUCGGCUGUCCUGUUGAACCAGAAUGGUCAGAUUGGUCUGCAUGGUCCAGUUGUACUUCAAUGUGUGAUGGUGAGAGGCAAAGAACCAGAAAAUGUAGUAGCCCGCCUUUUUAUUUAGGACCGCCAUUGUGUAAGGGCGGUAAUUUACAGUCGUACCCUUGUAGCCGGGAUUAUCCAGACAGAAAAUGUUUAAAAUGUUCAGUAACUGAUUUGCUGAUACCGAGUCCCAUGAAUGUUUCCUGUAGUGAAAUUGAAGGGAUACUUACCUGUAUUAUGGGAUGUCAAUCAAACCAGGUGUUAUAUAAUAAACUAACAUUAAACCCCGCCUACACCUGUAAUCAAGGAAUCUGGUCACCAAGUACUAACGUUUUACCUUGUACAGAUUUUCAUCAGCCGUUGGCUUUAAGUAAAAUGAUAACUGCAUCCUACCGAACGAACUGUACCGAUACGUCAAAAUCUUCUAACUUAACAGCUGCUAUCUCUCGGAAUUUCGAUAGCAUCUUCAACCAAGUGUUGGUCCAAUCGCCUCAAUGUACCUCAGAUGGUCUGGUUGUCACGGUCAGAAUAAAGACAAACAUUGAUAAAUCGGUUACUUUCACCAAAGCUUCUGAGAGGUUACCAGUUUUCUCCAAGUACCAUCGUGUUUUCUCUAUUAACUCCUCUGAAGAACUAAUACUUCCUGUUAAUGUAGCUGAGAUCAGUCAGCUGCACUGUCCAGAUAACACAGUAGCUCAGGGUGCUUAUUGUGUUGAGUGUCCAGCAGGAAGUUACUACCAUCUCGACGAGUGUCUCCUAUGUCCACUGGGUUCCUACCAACCUAUUUCUGGACAGUGUUCAUGUAUCAGAUGUCCGUUUAGAACAACUACUCACUACCUCGGAUCUAGAUCGUUACUUGAAUGUAGAUAGACAUAUUGAUAAAUUAAUCUGUUGUUAGAGGAAUAUUAAAGAGUCUGAAAGUCCUGUAAACGUUUCUAUGGCGUCACCAAAUCUGAACCAACUAUGUAGGUGGUAUAAUAUAUAUUUAACGUAACAAAUUGAACAGGUUAAGAACUUUUAUAUUUUUUUGGUCUAAUUGGAUGGAUUUUUACUGUGUUGGUUGAAGUUGUUAUCUGAUUUUUGCCUCUUCGUCAAACAUUGUUUAUGGCAUUCCGGCCUCGAAUUAAUUUAAUUGUUGAUAGUUUUGUUGUUUCGUUAUUUGUUUGCAUUAAUAGAAUUAAUGUAAAUUAGGUAGUGUGUUUAAAACCUUACCUUAUAGAAUAUAUUUACUUGUGGUCUGAAACUUAAAAUAUUUAUAAGAGUAAUAUCCCGAUAGCGUGUAUAAAAAUGUAUUAUUAAGCCAUAUACUGAUUUCAUUUUAGUUAUUUCAAUAAAAUGUUUAUGUU